AUGGAUUUACAACUAGCGAUGAAAGAGGUUGAAGAAUCGAAAACAUUCCGGACCGCUAUGGGAAUGUUACUGAUCAUUGGAAAUACGUUGAAUGGAACUAAUAUUAAAGGUUUUCAAUUGGAUUAUUUAAGCAAAGCAUCGGAAGUAAAGGAUCCAGUUUAUAAGCAUACGUUAACAUAUCAUUUAGCGGAAUAUAUGAUUGAGCAUUGUCCGGAUGGAACCGAUUUAUAUUCCGAAUUUGGUGCUGUUGCUCGUACAGCAAGGUUUGAUUACGAUGAAUUGGAGUCAAAUUUGAAGAAAUUAGAGCAUGAUUGUAAAGCAUCCUGGGGCUAUUUGGCUAAAAUUAGCAAAAAUGACAGUUCAUCAUCAAUGAAGCAAAAGAUAAAUGAUUAUUUGAAUGAUGUGGCACAGCGAAUUCAUCAGCUUAAGGCUAUUUACAGGAUUGCUUCUAACAGAUGGCAUGCAUUUUUGCUCUUUUUUGGCUAUAGCGUUAACGAAGUACCAACAUUGAAGCCAAUGGCUGUUUUCAAAAUGGUCAAUGAAUUUGCUCUCGAAUAUCGUACCACACGAGAUAAAAUUCUGCAGCAAAGAAAACGAUUAGCGGAUAAACGUGAACGGAAUAAAACACGGGGUAAAAUAUGGGCAUUAGAAGGUCAAAAUGGUGAGGAUAGUAUGGAAUUGAACGGGAAUUUAAGACGUACACCGGUACAAAUGAAUGCUGAACAGCGACAUGAAGCGAUGUCACGUAUGCUAACUGGUGGAAGUAACGAUGAUACGUUGAAAAGGACAAGAACAAAGCUUACAGCAGAACGAUCAACUGCUGAUAUUAUUUCAAGUCAAAGAGAAAUGUUGAGAUCAGUUGGACGACCAAUGGAUUCAAGUAGUCCCGGGCGAGAAUCACCGGAUGAUGAAAUACUUGAUGGCCUUGUAAAAGCAGCUACAAUUCAAACUGAACCACGUGAUCAUCGACGUAGGGCUAGGCAAUUUAAUCGAAAAUCAUUGAGGCGUACUCGAACAUUAAAACUCGUUGAUGAUCAAUCAAGUAGUACAGUAACAACUGUUUGA